UUUUUUUUUAAUCUUCCUUUUUGUUUAUGUUUCGUCGUUUUGCUAACUCGUCAGCUUGCCUUUCGUAAUAGAAAAGAUCAAACCGUCAAGCGCUUGCAAGUCUUUUUAUAAAUGGAAUGAGUACGAGUGCACAGAGCGCAAGAUCUCAUCUCUGCUUGUCUUGAACGGCAAUUCGCUUUCCUCUCCGAUCUCUGCCUCCACAAUGGCCUCCGCGACGAUCUCGUCUUCCAAUCACUCGGGCCUCGCGUCGCCGUCCCCUUCACUUCGCCGGCAAGCCAAAGAGAUCUCCGGCUUGAAUCUCUCCGGCCAGCCUCGGCGGAAUCCGAAGCUGACGACCACCACCCGUCGUCGAGAGACGCCGUCGACGAGAGCCGCCAAGCUCACGACCAGAGCCUUCUUCUGGAACAAGCCCAAGCCCUCCCCUGAAGCUCCGAAACCCGCAAAAGUGCAAGAGCUGUGCGUGUACGAGAUCAACGAGCGGGACCGAGGCAGCCCCGCCUUCCUGCGGCUGAGCGAGAAGCCCGUCAACUCCCUCGGCGACCUCGUCCCCUUCACCAACAAGCUCUACUCCGGCGACCUCCAGCGCCGCCUCGGCGUCACCUCCGGCCUCUGCGUCGUCAUCCAGCACCUCCCCGACAAGGGCGGCGACCGCUACGAGGCCAUCUACAGCUUCUACUUCGGCGACUACGGCCACAUCUCCGUCCAGGGCCCCUACCUCACCUACCAGGACACCUUCCUCGCCGUCACCGGCGGCUCCGGCAUCUUCCAGGGCGUCUCCGGCACCGUGAAGCUGCAGCAGAUCGUCUUCCCCUUCAAGCUCUUCUACACUUUCUACUUGAAGGGGAUCCCCAAUUUGCCGGCCGAGCUCCUGGGGAAGCCAGUGCCGCCUUCGCCGGGGGUGGAGCCGUCGCCAGCCGCCAAGGCCUGCGAGCCUCACGCCACCGCCCCUAAUUUUACCAAUUAGUUCAGAGUUAUCUGCUCGACUCUCUCGUUCGAGAUCUUUCUCUGUGUUUUUUUUUUUUUUUGUCUUUCUAUCAUUUCCAUAUGGAAUUAGUAUAAUAUUGUUACCGUUUUGUCUUAGUUCGGAAAUUAAAUAGAGAUGGAGAGGAGUAAGACAUUUUCCUUCUUGUUAAAUGUAUUUCUAAAUAAAAGUUGCAUUGAUAGAACAAAAUGUUCCGUGUAACGCCAAAUCUUAUGUAAAUAUAGCAUCUUUAUCU